AUGAAGCAAAAAAUAAUUCUUUAUAAAUAUUGUCUCGUUGAUCCUAAAGACAGGACAGAUUACUCUAAAUCCUUUUUAUUUUCUUUUGAACCUAAUUUAGAAGUUAGAUCAUUGAAAAGUGUUGGGGUUAAGAAUCCUAGUUUAGCUUUUGAUAAUCAAACUCAAGCUCUUCAUUUUGGCACUACCGAUUUGAUCAUUAAUGGUCAAAAUGGUAGUUGCGUCGCUAGAGAUUUUCAAAGUCCUAUCGUUAAUACUCGAUCUUUUACGGUUGAAAAUAUUGAAGUUUUUGCUAAAUCAUCGGGUCCAUCUGAAGAUGUGCCAAAGCCUGCACGCUUCGUAACAUGUGUUGUUUCAGUUUAUAGCACGUUACCAGGCCAGGCGGGUGGCCUUUUUUCACAAAGAAUUAGACAAUAUAAAAUAAAACAAUUGGUCAUUGGAAUUCAGGAAGAACCUCCGCCUGUUGGAUUACCAGCGGUACUUGUCUUCUACGGAGGCGCAAUCGAUUUAAUAGGAAAAGCAAGGCGUUCAGAUAAAGGAGCAAUUGACCAUCAACUGAUAUAG